AUGACAUCCUCAAUGUCGUCACAACCAACUGAUUUCUACUUAGCUUGUUGCAAUAAUGAUUUAAAGACAGUUCAAGAGAAUGCUAAUCGUUCGGAAAUCGAUGCUCCUGGAUCCGAUGGAAAUACACCUCUUCAUGCUGCUUCAAUGUAUGGUCAUGCUAAACUUGUCCGACUUUUACUACGAUACCAUGCUUCUCGUUCAAUUCGCAAUGAUGAGGGAUUUACUCCUGAAGAAUUAGCACCGAAUGAUGAGACUAGAGCAGCGUUCAAAGAUCCUGUGCGAACGAUCUCAGAUUCGAACCAUUUUGUUGCUUCAUCACGUGAAGUUGAAUGGCUUGAUUCAUAUAAAAAUGCCUAUCGAAUCUCAUACGAGAAUCAUGAACACAUGAAACGAUGGUUGACAAAAGUUGCAUUGCAUAAACUUCUCAAGGCAAUUGUUGAUGACUAUAUUGAAACAAUUAAGUUUAAAAACGAAAAUGAUCGAAAAACGAUCAAAGAAGAAUUAUUAUAUGUGAUAGACGAAGAGGAUCCUCUUGGCUUAAUAUGGACAUAUACGAGUCCUAGUGUUAAAUUCCAUGAUUUUUUAAAUCAUGAUUUAGCCGAAUUAGGUUCCGAUUUUCGUUUUGUCAGCACUCAAGCUUUAAUCAAUUCAGGUUAUGUUGACAAUGAACCACCACAAGGUCUUGGUCAAUACAUAUUUGCUUCAAUCAUUAUCAAUCAUUCUCAUUUUCGUCCAUAUCACUAUGCCGGUAUUACCUUUCGUGGAAUGAAGAUUACACAGAAAGAUCUUGAAGAAUACAAUACAGGAAAUAUUGUUUUAACACGUUCAUUUCUUUCAACAUCGAAAGAUCGAUCUAUUGCUGAACUAUUUGUUGAUUGUACUGAUCAUAAAAUUCAUCCGCCAGUUAUCUGUAAAUAUAAAGUGAUUAAUCCAAAAUCAAGUCUAUCCAUUGAAAAAAUUAGUCGCAUCGAAGAUGAAAAAGAAGUACUUAUUCUACCCUUCACUGUCUUUCAAGUUAAACAACAACAUUAUGUAGAACUGAAGAAGGAUUGUCAAAUCCAUAAUAUCAAAGAAAUUGAAUUAGAAGAAUGUGGUCCACUAUGA